GUGGUGUUGGGUUGGUGCCGCCGCCUCCCGGAGAGAAGGAGAACAGAGCCGGUAGGGGUGGCGGGUCAGCCGCUGCUUUUGUUUUCUCAGCUCCGGUUCCGUCUGCGUUGCCGCAGGGAGGCCGCGGGCCCGGCGAACCGAGCCAAUGCUGGAUUUGGAGGUGGUGCCGGAGCGCUCUCUGGGGAACGAACAAUGGGAAUUCACGCUAGGAAUGCCUUUGGCUCAGGCGGUAGCCAUUCUUCAGAAGCACUGUCGCAUCAUCAAAAAUGUUCAGGUUCUCUACAGUGAACAGUCUCCUCUAAGCCAUGACCUCAUCCUUAACCUGACGCAGGAUGGGAUCAAACUACUGUUUGAUGCUUUUAAUCAGAGACUUAAGGUGAUUGAAGUAUAUGACUUGACUAAAGUAAAGUUAAAAUAUUGUGGAGUGCAUUUUAACUCACAGGCCAUUGCUCCCACCAUUGAGCAGAUUGACCAGUCUUUUGGUGCAACCCAUCCAGGAGUGUACAACUCCGCCGAGCAGCUCUUCCACCUCAACUUCAGAGGACUGUCUUUCUCUUUUCAGUUAGACUCAUGGACCGAAGCCCCCAAGUACGAGCCCAAUUUUGCCCACGGCCUAGCCUCUCUCCAGAUUCCCCAUGGAGCAACUGUGAAACGGAUGUACAUCUAUAGUGGAAACAGCCUACAGGAUACCAAGGCUCCUGUGAUGCCCCUGAGCUGUUUCCUGGGCAAUGUGUAUGCUGAGAGUGUAGAUGUUCUUCGGGAUGGCACUGGACCCUCGGGUUUACGACUUCGCCUACUUGCUGCAGGUUGUGGGCCCAGCCUCUUGGCAGAUGCCAAGAUGCGAGUAUUUGAACGUUCGGUGUAUUUCGGUGAUUCUUGCCAAGAUGUUCUUAGCGUGCUUGGCUCUCCACACAAGGUCUUUUACAAGUCAGAAGACAAGAUGAAAAUUCAUUCUCCUUCCCCUCAUAAGCAAGUUCCAUCUAAGUGCAAUGACUACUUUUUUAACUAUUUUACUCUCGGGGUGGAUAUCCUCUUUGAUGCAAAUACGCACAAAGUGAAGAAGUUUGUCUUACAUACCAAUUACCCUGGGCAUUAUAAUUUUAACAUUUACCACCGCUGUGAGUUCAAGAUCCCAUUAGCCAUAAAAAAAGAAAGCACAGAUGGUCAGACAGAAACAUGCACGACCUACAGCAAGUGGGACAACAUCCAGGAGCUCCUGGGCCACCCUGUGGAGAAGCCUGUAGUCCUGCACAGGUCAUCUUCCCCAAACAACACCAACCCAUUUGGCUCCACAUUCUGCUUUGGUCUUCAGCGGAUGAUCUUUGAGGUCAUGCAGAACAACCAUAUUGCCUCGGUGACCCUCUACGGCCCCCCCAGGCCUGGUGCCCACCUGAGAACCGCAGAGCUCUCCUAGGGACACCCUCACACAUGCCCCUGUGCCCUGUGGAACUGUGCACUGGAUCCCUGCUCAGUGGGCCUCAAUGUGCAACCCUGUGGGUUUUCUUGGCCACUCUGCUAGUGUUCAAGGGCUGUUGGGAUACUCUGGAAUGAGGCUUGAGCAUGGUGGUCUGCGGCAGGGUAAGGGCCCAGAUUAUUCCUCUGUCCGUCCUCAGCCUGCAGGCACCAACCAGCAGGGGACACAGACUUCAAAGAGAAGCACAAACUCUGAGCUUUGAUCCCUGGACUCAGGAGCUCUUGACUAACAGGAGGAGGCAGGCUCCGUCAGUCCUGCCCCUCACACAUUGGGAAAACUUGGGCUCAUGCUGUGGCUCAGGACAAGACAUGGAGAUGAGAACAAAGAGUCCUGCCUUGGACCACACAUUGCCACGUGACCCUUAAAGCAAGCAGGUAGCAUGUCUGUAGUACUUGGUUGUGACGUUUGCACUACAUCCACUUUAGUUAUUUGAGCUGGCUGGGGCCCAUCUGGCCCACCUGCCCUUCCUUGUCCCUUUCUUGCACGACUCUUUGCCAGGCCCAGUAGGCACACCGAAGUGGUUGAAACACAACUUUCUACCCUCCGGGAAUGUGCUCAGACCUGGUCCCCUCCCCUCUGAGAGCCAGCCUUCACAGUCGCCAGUGCCCCCUGCUCUGCCCAAACCGGCUGCGGGGCUGCAUGUUUCCAUUGCUUGCCUCUUUUGUUUGAUGCCAAAGUUUUUGCCAAAGACAUCUUCUUCCCUUGGUUGUGUUUUAGCAUUCUGUGAUGCACUGAGGGCUGGCUCCCUGGACAGUGAGUGGCCCCUGGCAAGGCCUGUUCUUGGCUCAAGGCCUCUGGGGGCUCGAAGAAGGCUGGGUCUGCUCUGUCUCUUCAUGGGUCUUGCUAAGGAAGGUAGCAUAUGUGCUUUAAAAAUAGUCAUCCUUUUGAAAAGAAUGAAGAAGAGAAAUGUAUAAUUUUAUCCCAUUUUUAAUAUUUUGGUCUAGCAACUUGUGAUACAUAGAUGACAAUUUUGUGAGUUUUUCAAAUGUGUGUACAUAUUUUUGUAAAUACGACUCUUUUGUAAUUAACUCAUGUACAGCCUCAUCCUGUAUAGUCUAAUGAUGAAUGUGCAGGGGACCUGCCCCAGGCGCCUGUGGUUCCUGGGCCAACAGCCAGGCUUGCGUGGCACUCCCAUGACUUUGUGACUGACGUGUCUUCCCAUGUGGACUGUGGCCUGGCCAGAGACACCCCCCCACCCCCCGCACAUCCCACUGUCAGGGGCAGCCAGGACUGUUCCAUCAACCUUCCUCAUCCCUGUCCGUACCUUUCUCAAAUAAAGCACCUAUGCCCUCAGCAGCUGCCCACCGUGUGCUGUUGCUAGGAUGUUUGUA